UCUGAGAGUUUUCCUGGUGUUCUGUUACCAGGUUCUCAAAUAGUUGAAUAUUGACAAUAUUUACUCCAAAAUAUUUAAAUGACAAUUUUUCCUUACCUCAGUUCUUGCCUGCUCAUACCAUACACAUAUACACCCCAAUGGUUACAUAAUGAGCUUUGCUUGAUUGCAUUUAAUCCAAUUUCAUAACUUUUCUUUUGCCAGUGGCUUCACCAAACCCAGCGCCUUUGGAAAAAACCUGUCAACAGAAAUAUUGCGUGACAAGCAAAAGUGACCCAACGAGACUGUCUGAAGCUAAGGUCGCAGUGUUUCAGACCAGAUUUUCCAAAAAUGACAAAAGGCCUCUUGAUUUCUACGUUUCUGAUUUGGGGAAGCUUACAGCAGAAGGAAAGAAAAUAAUCUUGUUUCGCGCGCGAUGGCUUCACAUUAGCUGUCACUUGAUGGCGUUACAAACCGCUAAUUUGAAACUGAUGGUCACCAUAGUAACGAUAUGUACAUUGUGAGCAAAAGGAAAUGAUUGUUGCAUUUCUAAUGCAGUAUUCCAACCAAACGUAGUUUACCUUUUGUCUAAGAUUUUUGUUUACAAUGGACUGGCAAAGCGAAGGAUUCGUAUUGUUAGCGAAGGAACUGAGUGCAAACGACGUGUACAACUCAGAUCAACAUUUGGAAAUCGGUAUGGAAAUGAACGACAGCGACAACUCAGAGACACACGAAAGAGGUAAUUUGGGUUUUGACCACUUGCCUCCGAUUAAUCAAAUAACGCCGCCUGUAAAACCCGAAAUCUCGAUUGUCUGCAUGAAAUGCGAAGAAGAAAUUAAGGUUCGACACUUGAAAGAACACCAAGAAUUCCACAACGCGUUGGAAAUGUUCCGAUUUACCAUGGACAGGAAGCCUUCUAGCGUGAAACAAUUAAUCAGGCGACGUCGGGCGAUUUUGAGACGACUCAACGAAACGGCGAGCUCCGAAAAUCCAGUUUCGAUGAAGAAACUUCAAAAACUGAACCUCGCCUACGAGGCAAUCAAGGCUGAUAUUGAAGGCACAAACACCACUCUUCGAAAUGUGGACGAAUUUUUCCUCGAUCAGCGGAAUAUACAAGGACGGGGAACAACUCUCACCUGUGCGCUUGCGUUCGGCGUUUGUCAACAUGCGAAUUCAAGAUGGAAGACAUCGAUGGAAGAUAGGUACGCGUUUAAGGAUUUCUUCUGUAAUGAUCCACAGAGUGGAUUCUUUGCUAUUUAUGACGGAUAUUCUGGAAGUAUGGCAGCAGAGAAAUGCGCGCGCUACCUGAGCGAACUUCUCGAGAACAAGGUCGAAAGUAUCUACCAAACGAGUAUGAAACAUGAAGAUGUCAAUGAGGAAAUUGUAGUGGCUUUUAACCAAGCGUUCGAAGAGAUGGACAGAAUACUGCUCUACGGCGUGGAGGAACAAUCGAGAAACCGUUGGAGCGGGUGUUCUGCUCUGACUUGUCUGUUACGAGGAAAUAAUUUGUAUGUGGCCAACGCGGGAAAUAUUCGAGCGGUGUUAUGCCGCGGUGACGGUUCGAUCGAACGUUUGUCGGACAAUCACAGCCCCUGGGAUAAGAAAGAGCGGCAUCGAAUACGAAAGGCUAAAGGGGACGUUUCUAAAAGCGACAAAACUGCCCUGGUUAAUGGCGUGGUGAAGAGCACCCGGGGUCUAGGGAAUCACGGCGACCCGAAUCUGAAGACUAGCGUGAUAAGAACACCCUUUGUUAAUUGUCUCACCCUCGAGGACGCUGAUCAAUUCCUCAUCCUCGCGUCGAAUGGCGUAUGGGAAGUUUUCAGCGAAGAAGAAGUCAUUCUUCUCCUGGAAGACAUUAUACCCGAUAUCGACGUGAGAGCUAUUGUGAGGCGAAUGCAAGACAGGGCUUCAGCUCUGGAGGUAGGGCUGCCUGUCCCAAAAUGGGAUGAAAUUCCCAGACGGAGCAAGGGCGUGGCUUCUCCGGAAGGGAACAAGUCUGCUGAAGCGGUGAGCUCCACUGAACAAAUGUCACAAGGGGACAUUGUAAACAAGGAUACAUAUAGUGACAAUGAGGAAGAUAAUUCUAGUGAGAGUCCCACAGAAAUGGAUGAAGAUAAACCCAUCACGAAAUCGCCAGUUUUACUACAACCCCCUGCCCCCUCAUUAAGGUCGCAAGGGUCAACGCUCCAAAGGAAUGAAAAGGCUUGUGCGCUAGCAAAGGCCCUAAGUGAAAGGCUAGUGGAAGGUGCCAUCCUUGCAGGAAGCCGUGACAAUAUUACAGUUGCAGUUGUUCUUUUGAAUGGCUGUCCACUUCAGCUGUUUUUUCUACCAAAAAUAUAAUGCCUGUUGAAGUCUAAAAUUCUCACCAGUGAGUCCAUUCAUUUCUUUUGUAUCCACGUUCUGAGAAUUUGGUGGUUAAUCAAAACAAUGACCCAAUGUUGAUGAUUACUUUGUUCUCAUUACGUGUUUGUUUCAUAGUGUCUGGAUGGUGUGUGGAGAGUUUGAAUGCUUAUCUCACUGAGGUGCUAAUCAAAGCUGACCUUGUUUGAGAAUCCAACAGAACAGGGACAAAUUGCACCAAAACUUCUUGGAAAUGAAUUUUUGUGUUUCUGACCCAAAUAAGCUCUAGAAUUUCGUUCUUUUAGGUGCAAACAUUUUUGCUUGGUUUCAAUCCAGGUCAUUUUGUCUGCUCAUCAGCUUUGAUUCAAGAAAUUAAUCUUGUACUAUUGAUGUUAAAUUCUUUUGAAAAAUCCUCAAGUUAAGAUACUAACCAGGUCAUUCAUUUAAAUCAAUUCUCACUCUACUUUGCAGUAACUUUAAUUGUUCUUUCUUUCUGUGCUAAUAAUAUGAUAAUAAUUAUAAUUAAUUAUGCAAAAGUUCCUGUAACUAUUACAGGAACUGCUGUGAUGUAAACUGACACCCUUGACUGAUUGCCAAUUAUUUAUCUGCUAGAUAAAUGCAGUUUAAAAUGAAAUUGAUGGUCAAAGAUAUCAAUCAUGCAUUCACUGUCACACAAGUACCAUGAUGAGACUGCCAUUUGCUGAAUUUAGGAAAUAAAGUUUAGGAACGUGGAAUAUUUGAA